AUGGGAAAUAGCUAUAGCACACAAGAAUUAAAGCAAAAGAUACAACAAGACUUGAAGAUAGAUGUAGCAUUUCCAUUUUUCCCACUGGAUAGAAAAACUGGUUCAAGCGCGUGUUGUGUGGUAGAUACAGAAUGGAUUGAGAAAAUCAAUAGCACCGCCGAUACAGAUGAACCCCUUGUAUUAAAGAACCCUGGAUACGCUCGAAAUGUAGCAACAGAGGGAUCGCUGCAGAAGCAAUCACCUACAGUCAAUAUCUAUGUUUCAGUGCUAUGUAAAGAAAGAGCCAAAGGUUUGUCAGUCUAUAAGCCAACAUCCGCAGCCAGCCAGCAAGACGCUCAACAGCAGCAGCAAGAAACAGAAGAAAGAUGGCCGUUGAUCAAUUACAUACAAUCGCUUUUGGAGGGAAAAGGAGCAGAUCAGAAAAUUGAAAUGCUUCAUGAUGUAUUUAACGAUUACAAAGAAGAUGAUGAGCAAACUGAUUUCGUAAGGACGAUACAGACCAUGUUGUGGCCCAGUUGCAAGCGAUUCAGAAAAAUAGCAUCGAAUAAUAAAACAAAACAAGACGACAAUGGCAAUACUGAUGAUCAUAUUGUGCUACAGCAAGAGAACCAAGUGCUCGAGCCAGCAUCCGAUACCUCCAACUCCAAUUUACCCAACGUCUUUGCAUUGAUCGAGACAGACACAGCAUACUAUUUUCUGGCCUCUUAUCGUGGAGCAACAUUGCAGGAUUUGAUCACCUACAAUCCAGGUGUUCUCAGUUCAAAUCUGAAGAAAUCGUUCAUCAUAUAUCAGCUGUUGCGGGUGAUUGCUAGUUUGCAUAGUAGAGGUAUCAUGCAUGGCGGCAUCAAGGCUUCCAAUAUCCUGGUAGACGAGAAUUUAUGGGUCCAGUUGGCUGGCAUAGAAUUCGAGCCAAAUCCGCUUGAUUUUGAUUUGAAGAAAUGGUUAUACGAACAGGAGCUAUCCAAAAUGUCUCGAGAGAUACCAGAGGAACCACUUGUGAUUCGUUGGGUCAAAGGCACCAUUUCCAACUAUAGCUAUCUGAUGGCAUUGAAUCACUUGGCAGGCAGACGAGAAGGAGACCCCAAUUUCUAUCCCAUUCUGCCCUGGAUCACAGAUUUCUCGGGCGAUUCAAUUGCAGACGGCUGGCGCAAUUUUAGGCAGACCAAAUUUCGUAUCAACAAAGGCGAUGAGCAGCUUGACUUCACCUUUGAUGGACCUGUACCGCAUCACAUUACAGACAUCUUGUCCGAUAUCACUUACUAUGUCUAUCAGGCGCGAAAGACACCGAUACCUGUGCUGUGUCAAUUUGUCCGGUCCAAGUACGAGCCCAAUGAAUACCCCUCGUCCAUGCAAAGACUGUACCAGUGGACACCCGAUGAAUGCAUACCCGAAUUUUAUACGGACCCCACCAUAUUCAAGUCAAUUCAUCCAGACAUGCCAGAUAUCCAGAUACCCACGUGGGCCGCUUCACCCGAGGAUUUUAUACGCAAGCAUUCGGAAGCAUUGGAGAGCGAUUAUGUGUCACGCAACUUGCAUCACUGGAUCGACUUGACGUUUGGCAAUGAUUUGACCGGAAAAGGUGCGAUCGAGGCCAAGAACGUGGCGCUGCCUUUACUCGCUGGUCAGAACAGCUUUAUGAAGCAUGGCAUCAUCCAGCUCUUCAAGGACAAACAUCCUCAGCGUGGAUGCAAUUGGAACAAGACCAAAAAGAGAGAUCAAGGAACUAUGGUGAGUUCGCCUCAUAUCAUGCCUACUACUGCACAUGUCGAGACAACAGAAGCAGCAGGCUUGCCAACGACCACAACAGCAGCCAUCAUCUCGACGAAAUCGCAUCGAAGCAACAGUGUUAGAACAAGACAAACCGUCCUCUCCAACAACAACAGCGUGGACAGUGCAACCACUGGAUUGCUCUCCCACAUGGCCAAUGCGUCGCCUACGGGGACAACCACAGCAGCAGCCUCCAUCAACACCAACAGAGACCGCACACCUUCCAUCCAUUCCACCGCUUCAUCCAUCGAUACAAGCCGCAGCCUACCAUCGUCCAUUACAGCAGCAGAGCCCUUCAUUUCCGUGCUUCGAACAGAGUCUAUUCGCAUGCCACUUGAUACCGAUGAGCUGUAUUUCAUUGACGACUUGGAUCACUAUGAAGACAUGGUGGCAUUUGCAGCCAAGUACAACGCCAUGAACCAAUGCGACAUUGUGCUGAACCCCAUCUACCCACAUCCACCUCACCGUUUUAGUAUUGACCCCAUGGACAAUACACAGGGCGCCAAAAACAAACUGCCUACUGCUUUUGCUGUAGGCGCUUCGCAUGACAUGGAUUGCUUGGGCCGUGUGAUUCAAAGCAUCUACACAGCGGGUAAUGCCAAGGUUGUGGAUUCAGAUGGAGAGCCAUCGCAAGCGCCGGCCAGUGGCUAUUUUGAGGUAGGUAAUGGCGACGUCGCUUACGAUAUUGCACCCACCGGCAAGAUCGACGUCUCGCCUGCUGUUACGAGUGUGAUCUCUGCUUUAACGGCAGACGCAUGGCAAGACAGACCCACUGCGAAAGCCAUCUUGUGCGCAUCGUUUCCUGUCAUGACUGUGCGUAGCAGUCGCUGUUCGUUCCCGUUCCCUGAUACAGUACCUGAAAUGUACGAUUACCUGGCUGCGUUUCAUCAAGCAGAGUGGUCAAGAAGGUUGUAUCUAGCGGAUAAAUGGAUUGACCGCAUUUGCGAUUUAGAGGACGAGGCUUUUUUCCUGUUGCUGCCUAGUUUCUCUCAGCUAUUCACGCAUGUUGAAACACGCAUUGGAUCCAUUAGCUUGUUUCCAAAACUGGCUCAGAGAUUGGGACCUGAACGAGCAAGACGGCAUUUACUGAAGCGCAUUAUAUCCAUGUUUGAGUCACUGCGGCCCAAUAUACCCAAAGUACUGUUUGGAAACAAAAUUAUCUAUGAAUUCGUCAAGCGGCUGGGAAUCUCAAUCUUCUUGCAGCAGCUAUUGCCCUGUUAUCUGGAAGCACUGGCUAUUCACGACCCUGCUUGCAGCAACAAGUCGGUGCCACUAUCAACAGCAGCAGCCAAUGUCACGUCUGACGCAACCACCAACACAGAGACAUCCAAAUCCACGUCUGAUCUUGCUGGCGAUGCAAUGACCCACAUCUGUACUUUGCUAGGCCCCAUUCUGACAUCCAAGCACAUUGUGCGACAACUGGUCAAGAUUAUCCUCAGGGACAACCACAUACGCUACUCAUUGAUCCGUACUACGGUGCGUAUCAUUGGAGGCUUUGGAUCUACAUUUACGUCUGUGCAAUACGCUUAUCUGAUUAGCCUGAUUGACAACUAUCGCAAAACAGUAUCCAGCAAGGACACACAAAGCAUAUGCUCUAUACUGACCUUGUUGCAAGAUUUGGUGCCCUACAUGUCGAAUGAAGCCUUGGUGACAGAACUCAGAUCCGGGUUCAUUUCCACAUUGUAUCAGCUAUUGGAGCCUAUUCAUACAGCAGAUGAUGUCGCAGCCAUCAAGCCAGAACAGCUGAAAUUGAGAUUGACCUUGAGCAUCAAGACCAUUGAUUAUCUCUUGAUGGCAAGUCAAAAGCUGACGCUGCAAGAAUGGGAGUCCACGAUUGUAUCUACUCUGCAAAAGUACUUUUCUGGCUUCACUGUCAAUGCAGAGGACGGUGAUGAUAUUCUGACCAAGAGCAAGCCAUCCAGCUCACUUGCAGCUCAAAAGAGCUAUCAAAUGAUGUACGCCUAUUACAAGUUUAGCCAGAUUGUGUCUAUUGAGAAAUUACGGCGUGUGAUACCCACAAGCGAUGCUAUCGAGACCAUGAUGUUCAACCACUUUUCAUUCCACCAACACACCCUGCUCCAAGAGCCCACAGCAUCAGUAUCUACAUCGCGUAUUGAAUCAUCACCUACCAAGAAGAAAUCGCCUCUGAGUAUAUCAUCUACGAAAUCAGAUACCACAUCGCAGCAGCCACAACAGCAACAGACGAGCAGCAGUAGUAAAUUCAUGUCGUGGAUGGUGCCCAUCAAAAAGUCAUCACAAGCUGACAAUGAUGCUUCUUCUAUAUCAUCCAAAUCCUCUGCAUCAAAGCUCAUUGUAGACGACCUGUCGAUAGGAGUAGGAAAGAACAGCAUGCAGAACAUUGACAUCUCUCGCUUGUUGGGUUACGCCACCAAAGAUAUCCAGUUAUCCGGAUUGACACACGCCAAUUGUGUGGAUAAAAAGCUUGACUUGACACUCACCAAUACAGCAGCAUCAUCAACAGCAACGGUGUCUAAUGCCAGCAUCGCGCUGUCCUCUGCUACAUCGACACCAUCCACGCUCAUUCAUGCUGAGAAAUUGAGUGACAUGACCUUGAUCAAGCCCACGGACAAGGAGAGCAGCAAAACUAAGGUGCCUACCAGUGUACUGCCUUGGAAAACCAAAUGGAAGCCAUCACCUGAAGAUAAAAAAAAUUGGAACCGGUUCCUCUCUACAAACUCUGAGGAAAUGUCAAAAUCCAUGCAAUUCUCAUUCAACGAUCUCAAGCUGAGAGGAUUUGCAGGCCACAGCGCUGCUAUUCGCACAUUUGCAGUGAACGAACCUGCUAAACUGUUCGCCUCUGGUUCCAAGGACAAGACGGUCAAGAUUUGGUCCCUGAACGUGCAUCAAGGGAUUGAACAUUGGGAGACCAGCCCGUAUUCAGAAAGUGUGGUGACCUACACAGGCCACAAACGAGCGACCAUCAAUGAUGUGCAUUUCAUGACAACAGGUGGAUUGAACGAUAUUGUAGCGAGUUGCGAUGGUCAUGUGCAUCUAUGGGAUCUGGAAACAGGCGCAGGUUUACAUCAAUUCACAGGCGCAAAAUCUUCCGUUGUGUCUUUCAAGCCGAUAUUCCAAUCGAGGCAUCUCGUGGGUGGUACGGUCGAUGGUAAUAUUUCGUUUUUCGACGCUCAUAACCACAUCCCAUUGCACACAUGGAAAUCAAGCACCAUGUUGAGCGGCGUGAUCAGAGUGAUAGCUGUAAAUCCCGCAGAGACGUUGGUGGCUGUCGGCUUUUCUACAGGCGCCAUCUCGUUGCUUGAAUCUAGAACAGGCACACUGGUUGCUAGCUGGAAAGGGGGCGAUACCGAGAUAACUUCGAUCAAGUUUUAUACAGACGAUUUGCUAUUGUCCUGUGCACCAGCAGAUCACUUGAUUUGUUGUUGGAACGUCAACCGACUCGCGCUUGUCAAGACCAUUUCUGCCCCGCAGGAUGUCACUUCGUUGGAUAUAUUCAAGGACGAGAUACUUACUAUCAAUAGCAACAAUUCAGUUUCCUUUAUACCGAUCAAUGACGAUUUUCAGGCGUAUUCAUCCAAGUUCAAGCCUUCCAUCAUGAAGUCCGCUGUCAGUUCAUUCAAUAUUAUACCAACUGAUCAGUUGCUACUGUUUGGCUGUGCAGAAGGAGAGAUUUUCUUAUACGCUUAG